UCCUUUGGCGUGGUGCUCUGGGAGAUGCUAACUGGGGAGAUCCCUUACAGAGACGUGGACUCGUCAGCCAUUAUCUGGGGUGUGGGGAACAACAGUCUGCAGCUGCCCAUACCAGAGAGCUGUCCUGACGGCUUCAAGAUCCUCCUCAGACAGUGUUGGAAUUGCAAGCCUCGGAAUCGGCCGUCUUUUCGACAGAUCCUUCUUCAUCUGGACAUAGCAUCAGCUGAUGUCAUGUCCACUCCUCAAGAGACGUACUUCAAGUCUCAGGUACCAAUCAUUUAGUACUGAAUACUGUGAAUGUACACGCACUCACAGUAAGCAAAAAAGGAAGAGCUCUUAAAGGGGACACUGAAUGGUAGUUACAUGCUUUGGUGCCACCUGUCUCCCCCUAGU